UUGAUUUCUAGGUUAUAAUAUCUCACUCUGCUCUAUAGUGCGAGCACAGAAUGGCAAUGGCCGCGUCGCUGUAGAAUUAUCUUCUCCUCUCUCAUGGUUGACGUCAUAAUUCAUGGAAGAUGGCGCUGCUUUUCGCUAAGCUUCGCUCUUUCCUCUCAUGGUCAAAUGGAUUGCUAUGGAGGGCGAAGGACGCCGCCACUGCGAGCUCGGGCAGUGAUGGCGACGACGACAUCAUCGAGAGCGGCCACCGCACUUUGCCUUCGGCGGAAGCUGUGCCGUCGGUUGAGUGCUACGCGUGCACACAGCCCGGCGUGCCGACCUUCCACUCCACUACCUGCGACCGCGUCAACUCCCCGGAGUGGGAGGCCUGCGCCGGUUCCUCGCUGAUCCCCAUCCGCCCCAGCCAGACUAACGUGUUGUUAAACCUCGGUCGGCCGAGCAAGCCUGCGUCGCUGUUCACCGGGCCAGCGUUGGACCCCCGCAGCGAGACGGUGCAGCGAUGGAACCGCGCGAUCCUGCUGGCCCGCGCCUUAGCCGUCGCGGUCGACCCCCUGUUCUUCUACGCGCUGUCCAUUGGACGGAACGGCCGACCCUGCCUGUACAUGGACGGCGGGCUGACGGCGAUCGUCACGGCGCUGCGCACCGCCGCCGACGCUGUGCACGUCUUCCACGUGUGGCUGCAGUUCCGGAUGGCCUACGUGUCGCGGGAGUCGCUGGUGGUCGGCUGCGGGAAGCUGGUGUGGGACGCUCGCAUGAUCGCCGCCCACUACCUCCGUUCCCUCAGCGGCUUCUGGUUCGACGUCUUCGUCAUCCUCCCCGUCCCGCAGGCUGUGUUCUGGUUGAUAGUGCCGAAAUUGAUCAGGGAGGAGGAGAUAAAGCUUCUGAUGACAAUACUUCUCCUUAUCUUUGUGUUCCAUUUCCUGCCAAAGGUAUAUCAUAGUAUCUCUGUGAUGAGGAAGAUGCAGAAGGUCACUGGUUACGUCUUUGGAUCAAUCUGGUGGGGUUUUGGCCUCAACCUCAUCGCCUAUUUCAUCGCUUCUCAUGUUGCUGGUGGGUGUUGGUAUGUUCUUGCGAUCCAACGCGUGGCGGCGUGUCUUCGACAACAGUGCGAGAAGAACAACGACUGCAACCUUGCUUCUCUGGCCUGCUCCAAGGAAGUUUGUUACCAGUUCCCGUCCUCUGCCAACAAUUUGGACUGUGAAAGUAAUUUUGCAGGAAUGAACAAUACUCCAGUGUGUUUGAACGGUGACGGCCCGUUUUCCUAUGGAAUCUACAGUUGGGCUCUUCCUGUUGUUUCCAGCAACUCACUUGUCGUCAAGAUCCUCUAUCCCAUUUUCUGGGGCCUAAUGACUCUAAGUACGUUUGGCAAUGAUCUUGAGCCUACAAGUCAUUGGCUGGAAGUUAUAUUCAGCAUAAUCGUUGUUCUUAGUGGCUUGAUGCUGUUCACUUUGUUGAUCGGAAACAUUCAGGUGCUGUUGCAUGCUGUAAUGGCGCGGAAGCGAAAGAUGCAGCUGCGGUCGCGCGAUAUGGAAUGGUGGAUGAAACGGAGACAGUUGCCGUCGAGAUUGAGACUGAGAGUGCGGCAGUACGAGCGGCAGCGAUGGGCGGUGACCAGAGGGGAGGAGGAGCUGGAGAUAAUCAAAGAUUUUCCGGAAGGCCUACGCCGAGACAUCAAACGACAUCUCUGCUUCGAUCUCAUUAAACAGGUGCCGUUGUUUCACAACUUGGACAAUCUCAUACUGGACAACAUAUGCGAAAGAGUGAAACCGCUUGUUUUCUCCAAGGGCGAAAAGGUGAUCAGAGAAGGGGAUCCGGUGCAGCUCAUGGUGUUCGUGGUCGGUGGCCAGCUGAAGAGCAGCCAGCGCCUGAGCAAAGGUGUGGUGGCCACUUGCAAUCUCGGGCCCGGGAGCUUCCUCGGAGACGAGCUCCUCUCGUGGUGCCUCCGGCGGCCGUUCACCGAUCGGCUGCCGGCCUCCUCCGCCACCUUCGAGUGCCUGGAGCCGACGGAAGCCUUCGGCCUGGACGCCCCCGAUCUCAGAUACAUCACCGAGCACUUCCGAUACAGAUUCGCCAACGACCGGAUGAAGCGAGCGGCGAGAUUCUACUCGUCGAACUGGCGAACGUGGGCGGCCGUCAUCAUACAACUCGGCUGGCGCCGGUACAAGGCGAGGACUCGUGGCACGGUGAGCAGCGCGCCGGAGCACGGUGACAGCGAACGGCGGCUGCGGCUGUACGCUGCCAUGUUCAUGUCGAUCCGGCCUCAGGACCAUCUCGAUUAGAGGAAAUUAAAUCGAAUAUCAGUAUCAGUAUUCAUGCUGCAGAUCGUAUAUAUGCAUGCUAAUAAGAAAUGUAUGUGCGAAAUAUGUAUAAUUUAUCAAAUAUUUUAUCAAGUUUCUUGUUUCUUUAA